ACUCUGACAGUCGCUCAGCUGUUGCAGGAAAGUUUUGACAUAGUUUUAUAGCCUUCUGUAUCUAGUGUUUAUUAGAUGUUGUAUCUCUUCGGCAGCGAAUUCCCUGCGAGUGCUUUUUAUCUGUCUUCUUCAUCGAGUGCCAGCCGCUAAAUAUACUCGGGUUUUAUCUUCCUAUAUAUUUAUUUUUUAAAAAGUAAAGCUACUGGUACAGUAACUUGGAGCGACUUUCGGAAUGAGUUUGAACGAGCACUCGAUGCAGGCUCUGUCGUGGAGAAAACUUUACUUGAGUCGAGCCAAGUUAAAAGCCACCAGCCGCACUUCAGCUCUAUUGUCCGGAUUCGCGAUGGUUGCCAUGGUGGAGGUACAGCUGGAGAACGAUCAUGAUUAUCCUCCAGGGCUGCUGAUAGCCUUCAGCGCCUGCACCACCGUUCUGGUUGCAGUGCACCUCUUCGCCCUCAUGAUCAGCACCUGCAUCCUCCCCAAUCUCGAGGCGGUCAGCAAUGUCCACAACCUCAACUCCGUCAACGAGUCGCCCCACGAGCGCAUGCACCGGCACAUAGAAUUGGCCUGGGCGUUCUCCACAGUCAUUGGCACCCUCCUCUUCCUGACAGAGGUGAUGCUCCUGUGUUGGGUGAAGUUCUUACCCCUCAGAAGCCGCGAGAACAACGGUACCAUAAGUUCCGGUGAGGCCGCAGCCAUCGCUUCCACCUGCAUCAUGGUGCCGUUCGGAAUUGUUUUUAUCGUGUUCGCAGUCCACUUUUACCGCACACUCGUCAGUCACAAAACGGACCGGCAGAUCCGAGAGCUGGAACAGGUCAUUCAGCUCCAGAACCAGCUGGACCACCGGGCUGAGAAUGAUGACCUGAAGGCCGCAAUCCAUUAUCCUUGAUUACAUCCAGUUAGCACACAACAGCAGCGAACAUUCAACGCUGCCUUUUAUUGUGAAAUUUCUUACAAAAGCUUUAUUUUUUAUGUUUUUGAACUGUGCUCAGAUGCUUCUUUUUUGGAAUUGCAAGCUUUACCUGUUGUAGGUUUUAACUCAGUCCACUUUUUGGAUAAUGUCCACACAUUAUACACUUAUAAAUUAGGAAAAUUGUUUAACCUUUAAGUUAAAGGUUAAUCUUUUGCUCUCAGGCACUUCCGUUUCAGCGGCUUGUAUCACGACAUAUCAAAUCAUAUUGUGCUGUUACAUUUUUCGGGGUUAAAGCCACUUAAAGACUUUACACAUGCACUUGAGUGUACUAUCAUAAGACUUGGAGUGUUACCGAUUUGUUCAGAGUUCUUGUAAAAUAAAAACAGCCAGCUACAAAUUACAACACAGAUUUACUUCACAAGAAUCGUAAAUAUGUGGUUGUGUAGUUGGGAACAGGAUAUUGUUUCACCAACAUGAGGAAAUUCUGUUUCAAAUUGGUAGGUCGAAGAUCCAAAUCAGAUCCAAACAAUGACUAAAUUAAAGGUGCACUUCCUUGGUUGAAUAUGGCCAGAACUUCUUGUCCAUAUUCGUCAAGACAAGUCAAUUUUAUUUAUAUAGCCCAGAAUCACAAAUCCCAGAUUUGCCUCAAAGGGCUUUACCCUCUGUCCCUUGGCCCGUGUAAAUUAAGUUUGUGGUGAAGCCUGUUCAGCAAACUGUGGUGCUGCACUGUCUUCAUUUGUCUGCAUGUGUAGCUUAAUGGCUUAAGCGGUUAAUUCUGUGCAGUUGAUGGCACAUUGUAUUAUUCACCACCACUGCAGCAUCUGCCCGGGGCCUUAAAAGGGAAAGUUGCAACCUGUUAUGAGGAUGUACAAUAAGUGUUGAUGGUAAAUGUAGAAGUUUGAAGCAAUAAAUACCCCAGUGCGUGCUAUAUUGACAGAGAAAGUUAAGUUUGCAAUGUUUUACUUGACAGUCACGUAUAGUUGGAGGCAAGAAAGAACUGUAGGCUACUUGAGAUUGGAUUUUUUGUUUGUUUUUACUGGCUGUUUUGGACUACAUGUUUUUAUUUCAUUAACUGCAUAGGUGCAAUUCAUAACCCUCGGCUACACUGUGUUUUAGCUUGCACGCAAUGCAUCCUGGUACACGUAGGCACUGCUGGCACAGCUCCACAAGCAGGUAAACUCCGCUUUUCAGAUCAAUAUAGCGCACACACUGAGGAAUUUAUUGCUUUAAUCAACUACAAUUAUCAUCAACCAUGAUUGGACAUGCGCAUAAAUGGUCGCAAAUGUUCCCUUUAAUAGUGACCCGUGGUGGUUUGUAUUGAUUUGUACUGUUCUCACAUUUGCCUUACUUUAAAAUGCUUGUUAGAAGCAUAACCAAGACUUUAUUACAGUAUCAAGGUGUGAAUUGUCUAACUGAAAUAUCAUAUUAAUAACUUUUAACAUGUUUUAAAUCGAACAAGUUGCAUAUUUUAAAAACUUUUACAAGAUCUGAGUGCAUGGACUCACUGGACUGAACAGUUGCUUGUCAGAACUUUUUUAUUUUCUCUUAGUUAUCUGGCUCCUUUCCUUUCCCCAUGGCUACAUUUUUCAGUGUUCUGAACAAUUAACAACUUUAGUAUGCUAUUAUGAUGAACUCCAAAAUCUAUAUGCAUAGGAAAAUGAAUAGUUGAGCAAAAGAUUGUGGUGGUUUUUCAAAAAACAAAUAGAAUAUAUCAGCACGUUAGUAUUUCUGUGCAAUCUGAGGCAAAAGAACACACAUAAAUGCUUGUCAGCUAGUGCUGUUAACCAAAGUGUGUUAUAUUUCUAGCAAGGGUUCAGUGACAACCAAAACAAGUGAUUAAGGGCUGUAUUUUGAACCUCACAGCAGAGUCUGUGUUCCUUUUGUAAAAUGAGUCUAAAAAAUUGGGAAAUUUUUCAAUUUCAUGUUGCUUUUACAAAUAUACUGUAAUCCAAUGGUUACCGGCUUUAAAGAAGUAUUGUUGAAUGCAUUAUUAUAAAGCAUGCACGUAUUAGACAUGUCUUAUUUAAGUUUGUAUGUAGUUUUGUACUUUUCAUAGUUUACAAGUUUGAGCGUGUUCACACAUUGUUUAGGGUACAAUAGGGUACUGUUUCAGUGUGAAAAUUAGGGUGUGUUCUUUUUGUCCUGUGGCACAUUGUUGAAUAGCUUUACUUGGGUUUGACCAUUUUCUUUACUUUUCUUUAUCCAUAUUUACUGUAACAUCCAUAUAAAAGCUGUCAAAUGUUCGAGCUCAAAUGAGGAAAUGUGCACAUAUUUAGAGCUGGACAACAAUUUAUCUGUAACAGUUCUCUCAUGUGAUGGUGUUGUGACAAAAUGAUAAUUUAUCAUGUCCCAUACUUGUAACAUACUGUAAUUAUAUCAAAGCAAUGCUGUGUUCAUUAUUGCAAUAGCUGUUUUGUCCCCCUUACAAUUGAUUCAUGAGUCAUGUUAAUGUGCAAGCUCCCAAAAUUUGCAUUCAAAUUGUCCUGAACAGAUGAUAAUAUCUCUGAUGUGCAGCAGAGAACAAAGAGCCAUGAGGGGUUGGUUACUAAUUUACAGACGGUUUUGGAAAAAGUUGUUACUCUUAUUCAAAGCACUGUUGAUGGUGUUUCUUAAGACUUUUCCCAGGAAAAGAAAUUAAGACAUUAUUACAUUAUUUACAUACAACCGUACACACUCUGAUGGAACUGCCACAUGUACUUUUUUAGAAACAGAUCAUUACAAACACAGGCAUGUUUGGUUCAUUUGUUGUGGUUUAUUUAUUUAACCUAGUGUAUGCUGUAUAUAGAGAGGUUUUUGUGUCAAUGCACAGCUUUAAAGUGAUAUUUGUUUUUCUAGUAAAUACUAUAUUGUAUGUUUUGCUUAUGUGUGGUGUAAGAGAACUGGUUAGAGUCACCAGGAUGUUGUUUUUUUUUUGCCGGUUUGACAAUAAAACACA